GGCGGUUAUGAUUACUACUUCGCUACUGAAACAGGGAUGUGAAUAUGUCCAACUUGGUUUAUUAAUGUAUCAUGGAUUCCCAGUGGGAGGUUUUCAACCAUUCAGGUUCAAUUCCUGACCAUCCUUAUCUUCCUAGUGUUUCUAAAUCUGUUUAUAUAUUGGGCUGUAAGUAUGACUCUUUAGAUGAUAGGGAGGAAAUUGCACGUCACCUAAAGUCUCGACUAUGGAUGACUUACCGAAAGGGUUUCUCCCCAAUUGGCAGUCGAAAUGGUCCUAAAUCAGAUGCUGGAUGGGGUUGUAUGCAUCGCUGCGGACAAAUGAUUCUUGCUGAAGCCAUGUUAAGAUUUCACCUCGGACGAACGUGGAAAUGGAGUCCUGAACAAGAAAGCCCGGAAUAUUAUCGUCUUCUACAAAUGUUUCAAGAUCGACGGUCUGCGCUUUAUUCCAUUCAAACUAUUAGUAAAUAUAAUACUUUUCCUUGUUUUAUAAAAUCGUGGUGUACUACUAACUUGUUUAAGGUAUUUGUCGCCAGUAUUUGUAAAACAACUAAAACUUUACCAACUGAAUAAUAUAAAUCACGUUACUUAAGUACAUAAACUUUAAAUAGGCUCUCUUUACGAACACCAUCGGUUGAGUUAUAGCUUAUGGUGAAUUAUCAUUCAAAUCAUUAACCUAAAGUGGUAUUCGUUGGAGUUCCUCACUUUCCUCCUUUAUACCUAAUUUUGUCAUGGAUGUUCAUUUAUCAACUUAGGAAUUUCACCAGCUUUGAUGGAAUAAUCUUUUGACAAAUUUUCUGCACGGAUUCACAAAGCUCUCCUGGUUCUCGCAAAAUUACAUAAUUUAUGGCGUAAGCGAAAUGCCAGUCUUCUAACCUAAGCGGGAGUAUACCACCUAUAAAUCUACUCUUCGGCUGCAAAAUAUGGUCCAUGAAGAUAUAAGACAGGUUACCGAUAGAACUUUAAGCAUCGAUUUCUUCGAAGCAGCGAUCUUUUUUCAUGAAAUGACUGGGUGAAUAGUGUUGGAGUUAGGCAAGUAUGGUAAAUCGACUGAGAUGAUUAGAACAUAUUUUACGUAUCUCCAAUUACCCUGCGCGUCGAUGGGUAUUAUUUGUUAGUGUAGAAGUCAUUUGAAAAAGAACCAGAGACACCCAAAUCAAGAUGUAGCAACAGUCCAUAAAGUUAUUGUCUGUUGGUAGGUGGAGACUACGUGGUUAAAGUCGACGCGAUAACUGCAAUCAGUGGCUGAAGACGUUAAGUGAUAUGACUCAGAGUCAGCUACAAUGGGGCAGAUGCAUCUACAUUUUUCUCAACAUUCUGAAUUCCAUUAUUCCUUGAUACAUAAUUUUUCAUUAUUAUUAUCGUUAUUAUUAUUAUUAUUAUUAUUAUUAAAUAAUAAUAAUAAGAAGAAGAACCUCAUUCUCAAUUAUUAGUCUUUCUCAGUGUCGUCACUACGUUACUUCAACUCUGUUAUUGCACUUGUUUUUUUAUCUGGUCGUAUUGAUAUGGUUUGGUAAUGUGAAAUAAAGCAUGAUUGUGUCAGGUUCUCCGUUGGUUAUGACUGGGUAAUCAUAUUUAGAUUUAUCUAGUAUUCUGAAAGCUAUUCUAUCUAGUCUAAACCGACCAUUAAAGUAACUAAAGUGGAUUUGAACCUCUGAUUAUUUGAUCCUCACUGCUUAAUAGUUUCAUAAAAAUAAUUAUUAUUGGUCACUCCUCAGGUACUAUUUGAUAUGGUGUACAAUCUAAUAAAGUAUGGGGUUGUCAAAAUAAAGUUUAUAAAUUCGGUACUAAACACAUGAUUAAUAUAUUCAAAUUAUUUCCUAAAUCUCGUUUCAUAGGAUUCGUUCCAUGAAUAAACAUUAACGUUUACCAGUCUGAACAUGUAGAUGUCUGUUUUAUGCAUACUAGUUACACAAACCUUUCUGGUGAUACGAAACUACUUUUUUGGUUACUUCAAAUUAAUCCUUGUUAUAGACUAAUCAACAGCUAUUUCAAAAAUGAUUGCAAGUAUACUUCUGUUUAAGCUUUGUAUACAAUUAAGUAUCUAUAACCUAGUACAUAUAUUGUGCUUUUAAUUUGGGCUUUCAAGAUAAAUACAAAUUCUUUAAAGUUCCAUAACUCAGUGUAGACUUCUAGAUAUGAAUCAACGUGAUGAUAAUCUCUAUCUGCCAAUUAUAGGCUCAAACCCUGUGAAGAAUAGCUAGUAUACUUCUGGUAGACUUUACAAACUGUCAUUCUAAAUAUAUCUUGCAACUAAAUAUAUCCUAUUAAAAUGACUUUAUUCAGCGCUUAAACAAAAUGAAUUGGACUUCACCCCAUUGCACAAGUUAGUGGCUAUCUAAACUCAGUAGCUAAAUGGGUAAUGCAAUGACGUUUGAAGCAAAUGGUACUGGGUUCGAGUCCCGGAGUAUAUAUCAAAUCUGGGAUGCAGGUCCAUCCUACUGACGAGUCCCAAAUCGGACGAAACGCGUGUCCUGGAUCCCUCUGCUAGCCAGCAUCUAUCUUUGCUUAUAAUGCUUGUGGAUUAAGGUAAUAUCAAGCGAAUACGCACAGUGUGCACAUAUGCCAAUAAGUGACUGAUCAAUUGCAGUCUUAAACGUCAAUGGGAAGAUUCAAGUAACCACCAUAAAAGUGAACUAGAGAAACUAUGUUUUUUAUCAAUGAAAUGUUCAACGUAUACUUGCUGAUUGUUUUGAAAAACAACCGUUUUUGUCUUGUUGAGACUCAAUAAAACAGUGCUUCUUCGACCUCCACAAAAUGUAUGCCUUCAUAGAACUUAAAAUCCGUGCCAGUCACUGCCUCUUUUAGAAACCUUAUUCCUAAAGUAUUUGAAGUCGUGAUCACCCUCUCUUGUAGUAUACAACGAUCAUACUGCCAACUGUUGAUUUUGUUUUAUUAAAUAACAAUGGAUUACUAAGUAAAAGAAUGCAAUUCGGAAAUCUCGUGUUCUGUUGAUAGCCAAACUUUACAUGUGAGUGGUUAUUACGUCCUUGAUCUGUCUUCCCAACAAUAUACAGAAAUGAACUUGUCCCGAUUUAGGUUAAGGCCUUGACACUAGAGCUAACUGGUUCAACUUUGAGGUUAUAAAUGAGUGAGUCCGUACUGUGACUAACGGCCUUGGGCAGAGAUAACAACUAUUCUGUCACCUGAUUAGUUGACAAGCGAGAGGAAAGACGAGUUAACUUGAACACUACUCAGUUUAUCUCUAAUUCAGAUUCAAAUUAAUGCAAAAAGUUACGUCAAUAAAUAGAUGACUAACAUGAUCACGACGUCCAAACGAUUAUAAAAAUACAAUUAUGUCCAAACUGGACAUUAUGGAAGUAAAGUCGAGUACCGAAGAUUACGUUUAAAUUACAAUAACUUUGCAACAAAAAAGGGUAUGGCAGGAAGCUUAUGGUUUAUGGAAUCACUAGGAACAAAACUAAGCGUUAGUAUUUCACAAACUUUGAUUUAUGUGAAAUAGUGUUCCUAAAAAUGCCGUCCUUUGUUCGUCGUAGCUUCUUUGUUUCUCUAUUCACGUCAGGGAUUGUAAUACUAUAUAAUUGUUCGAGCCAAAAUAAGCUAAGCGACAUUUGAACCAGCAGCCUGCUGAUUGAAUAUCGAGCCAUUCAACUAAUAAGCCACCAAUUCAUUUACUUUAUAAAUCCUGUUUAAAACUGAAUUACUACUUUGUUACGAUCCAAAACUAUAGUCAUUUUUAAUAAAAAUAACUUUUCUGAAGGUUAAUACUGUCACUGAGUGAAACAAAGCAUGCAGUUGCUUAGUAGUUGAGGUGUUCGGCUUUCAUACAUUACGUUGCGACUUGAACUCCACUCCAUCUACUUCGGUCUGAGCAAGUGAGUAUUAUCACAAAUAGGAAUCUUGUUGCUUCUACAUGAUAGAAACUACACUUUAGACUGAUGAGUAGAAAUAAGGAUCUUUGACGUUUCUCAACUUAAUUUAAGUUGAUUUUUCAGAGUAAAUAAACAAAUAACCGAAAUUAAAUUAAAGUUCCAAACUUGUGUUAGGAUAUUACAAAUAUAUCCUUAUUUUGUUAUUAUUCUACCCAGUCCCUAAUUUAUUUGGAAUAAUCAAGUCAAUGUGUAAGAGACAUGUUUAUAUGAAAAUUAAUAAAGGUCAAACAAAUAAAAGUUCAUUUGAAAAUAAUCAAGAGGAGAGAAAGAAUAAGAAAAAUUGUCGUGUUAUCCUAGGCCAUAGAAUGACUUAAGGAUUACAAGGUAAAUUCAAGGUUAUGACAAAUUGUUUUGUUCACAUAAGGACAAGGUAUGUGUUAAGAUAACAGAAUGUGUUUAUACGCAAGUGAUGUGAGAAGAAUUUCAUUCAACUAAAUAUUGACUACGGUCUGUGUAUAUUAAGAAAAACAGAUCAUUUUUAUAUAUGAAAUGAAUCAAAAAUGCCAAAGACUGCAUUAAACGUAGAUAAAUAAGAUAAGUAAACAAAAUAAAAGAGGAAUGUAUAUGUAAUUGAAGGUGUGUGUUAUUUUAAUGUUCCAAUCAAUUGUUUAACAUAUUCAGAUAAGAUAACGGAUUUGAAUCAUUGAGCGUAUUAUCUAUCAAUUAGUUACUAUGUCAUAAAUAUAUCAAAUGGCAAAAAGGAGAUCAGGUUUACUUAUUAAUUAUUAGUUGCCAUGGGACAGCUAGUUGUAUUCCAUCUCUCCUAUUAAUAUUAAUAUUGCAACUGUGAGUCUGUUCCUUUUUGGGAUUUUUAUAUAUCAUUACCUUAUUUUUUUUAUUUUUUUUAAACAUUGUGAUUUUUUUUUCGUGUUUUUUCUUGGAUAUAUAUAUUUUCCCCUCGUUCAUUAUCGUACUUCAUACUUCAUCAUGACUGAACAGACACCUAAAGUACUCAAGCUUAAGACUUUGUCCCCGCCUUCGUUUCAACUGAUGCCUUUCUAGCCCGACAACAUCGAAGCCUGGUUUCGCUACGCAGAAGCCGACUUCUCCGAGCACGGCGUGAUCGACACACGUGCACAAUUCCUCGCAGUAGUCAAGGCACUACCGCGCGAAUUCAACAGGUACGUAACACCUAGUAUGUUUACUAGUGAUGUUUCCGAUCCUUACGAAAUCUUAAAACGCUCGAUUCUUAAACGAGGAGACCUAACCGAUCGACAAAGGUUAGAUCAACUCUUCAAUAACAUCGACCUGCAACACGGUUCUGUGACGGACAUGUUGCAACGGAUGAGAGAGGUAAUAGGCCCAAGAACUUUCGACGAAGGUCUAUUCAAACAACUCUUCUUGUCAAAACUUCCCCAACAGGUGCAAGCAGUUCUGGUCUCGUUCCAGAACAACGCCUUAGACGAGCUAGCUGCAUCUGCCGACCGCAUUUUAGAAAUUACGAAAUCUACUACCGAGGUAUUUUCAGUCAAAGAAAAACCUCAAACGACUCAGAAUGAUAUAACCGAGUUAUGUCAUACACUCACGCGUUGUCUUAAUCUUCGUACCGACUGUAAGAGACCGCGCACUCCACGUAGAAGCAUUUCACGUAAGCGAUUUGUCUCUAGACCACGAGAGACAGAUAACCCCGACUAGUGCUGGUAUCAUAACCAGUAUGGAAAGUUUUCCAGAAAUUGCAGAAAACCCUGCAAUUUUCCCAACACGAAACCGAGUGACUCGAAAAACAACUCGGGAAACUUCCAAGCCGGCACGCGUUAACGGCAACCGUAGCCGGCGAACAAAGCCGUCUGUUAUUCGUCACAGAUGUGACAACGAGAGCUCGCUACCUCGUCGACACUGGCGCAGAAGUUAGCGUUCUCCCAGCAAAUCCUAACGACCGACUUCACGAAUCGACCCUAAACUUACAGGCGGCAAACGGAAAACCGAUCGCUACGUAUGGCAAAAGGUACGUUUACCUUAACGUGGGUUUACGCAAACCCAUUCACUGGAUUUUCGUUGUUGCAGAUGUUUCUAUGCCAAUCAUUGGUAUGGACCUUCUACAACAUCACAAUCUGAUCAUCGACACGCGCAAACGGAGGCUAGUAGACGGAAACACUAAUUUAUCCGUUUGCGUAACUUCUUUUACUGGUUGCAAAUUAUCCCCAGUCACAAUUAAACAUAUGAUAGACCCACUCUAUCAGCCACUAUUCGAUAAGUACCCUGGGAUACAACAAACUCAACCGAGAUUACCGUGUGUAACCAGCAACGUUACACAUCACAUCACGACUACAGGACCACCUGUAUUUUCUGAAGCACGACGACUAGCUCCCGAAAAGCUAAGGUUAGCGAAAAACGAGUUCGACCAUAUGAUAGACUUAGGAAUCAUACGACCGUCAAACAGCCCAUAUGCAUCUCCGUUGCACAUGGUCCCUAAAAAGGACAGCAACGAUUGGCGUCCAACUGAUGACUAUCGACGAUUGAACGCGAAAACCAUUCCCGAUCGUUACCCGUUGCCUCACAUUCACGAUUUGACAGCUACCUUGAAAGGUACAACUGUCUUUUCGAAAAUCGACUUGGUUAAAGCGUAUAACCAAAUCCCUAUGGCUACUGACGACAUACCGAAAACAGCUAUCAUAACUCCCUUCGGACUCUAUGAAUUUUUGCGAAUGCCUUUCGGCCUAAGGAACGCUGCUCAAACAUUCCAAAGAUUCAUAGACGACGUUUUUCGAGGUCUCAACUUCGUACAUGCGUAUGUUGAUGACUGCCUAAUCGCAAGUCCGGACAGAGAAACACAUCUCAAGCAUCUGGAUCUUGUUUUCGAACGAUUACAAAAACAUGGCAUUACUGUAAACGUUCAGAAAUGCCAAAUUGGAACCGACUCAUUAGACUUUCUGGGACACACUAUCGAUGCUCAAGGUAUCCGACCCCUUAGAACCAAAGUGGCGGCCAUUCUGGAUUACCCAGAACCGACCACCGUCAAGCAAUUACGCACGUUUAACGGCCUCGUAAGUUUCUAUAGACGUUUCAUACCCAAAUGCGCAUUACCGAUGAAACCUCUGUCCGACCAACUUCGUGGAAAUGCGAAAUCCAUUAAUUUGGACGACACCGCACGAAAAGCAUUCUCCACAGUUAAGGAACUGAUUGCUAAAGCAACAAUGCUCGCACAUCAGGACACCGACGCACCGAUUAGUAUCGCAGUAGACGCAUCGGACUCGGCAAUCGGAGGCGUCUUACAACAAUGGGUUAACAACUCCUGGCAACCCUUGGCAUUUUUCUCUAGAAGGUUGCUAGACACCGAAUCGAGGUACAGCACAUUCGGUAGGGAACUCCUAGCUAUGUAUUGUGCUGUACGGCAUUUCCAACACUACAUCGAAGGUCGUGAAUUCACUCUUUUCACGGACCAUAAACCGCUCACUUUCUCGUUAAGCUCUCCUUCUGACAAGUACUCUCCCCGUGAGUCUCGACAACUGGACUACAUUUCGCAGUUUACUUCGGAUAUUCAACACAUCUCUGGAGCAAACAAUGUAGUUGCAGACGCCUUAUCUCGCAUAACUUCCUUGAACAGUUUCCAAGGAAUCGACCUUCUUAAACUCGCCGAGCUUCAAAAAGAAGACAGUGAUCUUCAGCACGAGUUAUCGUCCACAACACUUAAACUAUGCAUCAAACAGAUGGGAACAGGUAAGGAAACCUUACUUUGUGACACAUCUACAGGAAGGGAUCGCCCAAUCGUGCCGAAACAUUAUCGACGCAAUGUCUUCAAUACAUUGCACAAACUUUCUCAUCCAGGCGUCCGUGCAACCAUCAAGCCUAUAGCAGAAAGGUCUUGCUGGCCUGGAAUGAAUAAAGACGUGAGGGAGUGGGCACGCUCCUGUGUAAGCUGCCAAAAAUCUAAGGUUAUCAGACACAAUAAAUGUCCCUUGGGCUCAUUUAGAACUCCCGAUGCUCGUUUCGACCAUGUUCAUCUGGAUUUGGUAGGACCUUUACCAGAUUCAAAUGGAUACUCUUAUCUCUUAACCUGCGUAGACCGUUUCACUCGAUGGCCAGAAGCAGUGCCUAUCAAGGACAUCACUGCUGAAACAGUGGCUCGCACCUUCGUCGAACGAUGGGUAGCAAACUUCGGUUGCCCUUCAACCAUCACUACAGAUCGCGGACGUCAGUUUGAGUCUGAACUUUUCCGUCGUCUGACCACACUUCUAGGAAUCACUCGCUUCCGAACGACCGCCUACCACCCACAAGCAAACGGGUUGGUAGAACGCUUUCACCGACAACUGAAAGCUCCACUAUCAGCUGCAAACGUUUCACAGUGGACCGACGCUCUUCCACUUGUUUUACUAGGUAUUCACAAUGCAGUGAAAGCUGACAUUGGAUACACUGCGGCCCAACUCGUUUAUGGAACGACACUUCGACUUCCAGGAGAAUUCGUGGAUCCUUCGUCCUCUUCAGUGAACAUGGAUCUAACCUCCUACACGAACAGGCUUACAAACGCAAUGCGUUCAGUUAAACCUGCUUCCACUCGACCACAAUCAACCGAUGUUUUCGUUCAACCUGACUUACGAUAUAGUACACACGUUUUCGUUCGUCGAGACUCGCAUCGACGACCAUUCGAAUCAGCAUACGAAGGACCCUUCAAAGUUCUUCAACGUGAAUCUAAGUACUAUAUAGUCGACAAGAACGGAACAAACGAUAGCAUCAGCAUCGAUCGCUUAAAAGCAGCAUAUUUAGAAGGAAAUCCUAUUCACGUCGACUUUCUUUCGGUACAAUCGCACAACACGACUCCUACACAUAAUUCCUCAUCCGACAACCAACACUAGCGAUGAUACUCCGAAUGUAUCUGAAAAUAAACGUAAAACGACGCGUUCUGGAGGAAGAGUAAGAUUUCCAGAACAUUUAAACGACUACUGCACGUAAGGCACUACUCGACAUUUUAUAUUAUCUCGAUUUUUCUUUUUACGAUAUAUAAUAUUUUAAAAAAAAAACAAUUUUAAUAUGCCUAUAUAUUUUUAUUUUUAUUUUUAAAAAAA